AUAAACACUUCCGGUGCGUGCCAUAAUACCGCUGCGCAUACUUCAGGCGGUGCAGAGUGGAUGCUGAUGGGGGACGAAAAGGAGACCUGGAAAGUUAAAACUCUUGACGAAAUCCUACUUGAGAAGAAACGUAGAAGAGAAUUAGAAGAGAAAGCAGACCCCAAGCGCCAGAAAAAUUCCACACAGAGCCUUGUUCCACAGGCGGAUGAUCGGGAAUCCAAACGAGACACUCCGGAGGAAGGAGAACUACAGGAUCAAAGAAUGGAAAUAACAAUUCGUAAUUCCCCGUACACACGGGAAGACUCAACAGAGGACAGAGGAGAGGAAGAUGACUCAUUAGCUAUCAAGCCUCCACAGCAGAUAGCGAGGAAAGACAAAUCUCACCACAGAAAGGAGGAAAAGAGAAAAGAUAAGAGACGUCACCGCAGUCACUCUGAGGAAGGAGUUGUUAAACAUGUCCGACCGAAAGACAAAGAAAAAGAGCGAGAGAGUGAGCGCAGGAAGCGUCAGUGGGAGGAGGACAAAGCUCGGCGAGACUGGGAGAGGCAGAAACGCAGGGAACAGGCCAGAGCUCAUUCUCGCAGAGAAAGACCUCGAGUGGAAUCUCCUGGGUUUUUUUUGGACCACAGGGACCGCCUGGAGCAGCAGGAGCGCCAGCGUGAACGGGAUAGAAAGCUGCGAGAACAGCAGAAAGAGCAACGAGAGCUCAAGGAUCGAGAGAGGAGGGCAGAGGAGCGACGCAAAGAAAGAGGGGGUCGACGAGAAGUGCCGUCUCACCACAGGAUGCUCCCUGAUGACUAUGAUGACAAGACAAAACUAAUUCACCGCAGCCGCAGUCCUACCCGCCUUCCCCAAAACAGAUCUGAACACAGCGAACCACGGACGAGUGCAGCAUUGAAGGAUGAGAAGCCGGAUAUCAAAGACCUGCUUGCAGACCUUCAGGACAUCAGUGACAGUGAAAGGAAAACCAGCACUGCAGAUUCCUCCAUAGCGUCAGGAUCAGGCUCUGAUGAAGAGGAUGACGAAGAUGAAGAGGAGUCCAGCAGCCAGAGUGAGGGUGCAGAAGAAGAGGGCGAGGAAGGGGAGUCAGUCACAUGCUCGGAAAGGUCUGAGCAGAGUGCAGAGGAUGUGAGUGAGGACGAGCAGUCGGAGGAAGACUUGAGUGAAGUGGAGAGGGAAAAUGGAAAUCCCAUCCCUGCAGUGCCUGAGUCCCGUUUCGACCACGACUCCGAGGAAAGUGGAGAAGACAUGGAGGAUGAUGAUGAGGAGGAGGAUGAGGAUGAAGCAGUUGACGGUGACCCCACUCCUACGUCUCAGACCCACUCACGCUCCCCCACUCCUGAAGAGAAUUACAUCCCAGACUCUCCCCCAAUUUCUCCUGUGGAGCUGAAGAAGGAGCUGCCAAAGUAUAUGCCUGCUUUACAGGGUUGUCGCAGUGUUGAGGAGUUCCAGUGUCUGAACCGAAUAGAGGAGGGGACCUAUGGUGUAGUGUACAGAGCCAAGGACAAAAAGACUGAUGAGAUUGUGGCCCUGAAACGGCUGAAGAUGGAGAAGGAGAAGGAGGGCUUCCCCAUAACCUCUUUAAGAGAAAUCAAUACCAUUCUAAAAGCUCAACACCCAAACAUCGUCACCGUGAGGGAAAUAGUUGUUGGAAGCAAUAUGGACAAGAUCUACAUCGUGAUGAAUUAUGUAGAACAUGACCUGAAGAGUCUGAUGGAAACCAUGAAGCAGCCCUUCCUACCAGGUGAAGUAAAGACUCUGAUGAUUCAGCUGCUUCGAGGAGUCCGACAUCUCCACGACAACUGGAUUCUGCACCGUGACCUGAAGACGUCCAAUCUGCUGCUGAGCCACAAGGGAAUCCUCAAGAUUGGAGACUUUGGUUUGGCGCGGGAGUACGGUUCCCCCCUGAAGCCGUACACGCCUGUAGUGGUGACCCUGUGGUACCGGUCACCAGAUUUGCUGCUUGGAGCCAAGGAGUACUCAACAGCUGUGGACAUGUGGUCAGUGGGCUGCAUAUUUGGCGAGCUCCUGACCCAGAAGCCUCUGUUCCCUGGAAAAUCUGAAAUUGACCAAAUUAACAAGAUUUUUAAGGAUUUGGGGUCACCGAGUGAGAAGAUCUGGCCCGGCUACAACGAGCUGCCCGCUGUGAAGAAGAUGACUUUCACAGAGUAUCCCUACAACAACCUGCGAAAGCGAUUUGGAGCACUGCUCUCAGACCAGGGCUUUGACCUAAUGAACAAAUUCCUUACUUACUGCCCCAGUAAGAGGAUUGUGUCCGAUGAGGCACUGAAGCACGAGUACUUCAGAGAGUCGCCACUGCCCAUUGAACCGUCCAUGUUCCCCACCUGGCCGGCCAAGAGCGAGCAGCAGAGGGUGAAGAGAGGCACCAGUCCCCCUCCACCCGAGGGAGGCCUGGGCUACAGUCAACUGGGUGACGAUGAUCUAAAAGACACAGGCUUUCACCUGACGACCAGCAACCAGGGCGUGUCAGCAGUCGGUCCCGGAUUCAGCCUCAAAUUCUGAGCCCAGGAUUGCACAACACCUGGCUGUCGAACUGAGGAAGAGGGGGAGCAAAGAGUUCUGGGACUUUUUGGAUUAAUGUCUGAUCCAUUACAACUCUCACCAAGUAGUCAGGACUGUCUCACAGCAAGACCGGUGGCUCAAAAAAUGUAGAAUUUUCACCCUCCACUUUUAACCCACUUCUGUCAAAUCUGUCAGAACUUCAGCUCUCAUGUUUGACUUUCAUUUUUAUUUUCCCUUUUAUACUUCAUGAGAGAGGAGCUGAUUUUAUAAAUGGCUGGCAUUUCCUGGCUGCCUGAGCUACUGUAUAAUGAUGCAGAAUUGGCUGUGUUUUCCCUCCAGCAUAAUGUUAAAAAUUGACUUGGGCCUGUCAGCUCACUAGAUGACAGCGAGACGAUGUUUUUGUUAGAAAUAAAGCUUGAAACUUUG